AUGCCAACUGACCAGCGAGAGCCCUUCGACACGCUUCUCCAGAUGAAAGCCCCCCAGCCUUACAGCCCCUGUCCCUCCGUCGAUGCCUGGCCGAGAUUCAGAUCCACCCAAGAAUCCCCGAUGCCCCUUCAUCACCUUCACCCGGAGCUCUGGAGCGCCGCCAUAGCCUUAUCAGAGCCGUACGCGCUCAGCUCUCACUCACCCUAUUUGGACUCUUACGACGCCACUUCUUCAAACCCUACCCUGAUGGCUUCCCCAUCCACUGUGGCUCCAUUGAGCCCGGGCCUCCACCGGCAGCACAUGGAAAAUGGUGACCACCACCUGAGCUGGAUGGAAGAGGCUCUUGCUUCCCCCUCUUCUCUACAAGAAUACCAUCAGCAUCAUCACCCUCGCCCCAACCACUACAAUCCUAACCCGACCCAAAUGGAGAGCCUAGAUCUGCCAGAAAUGCGUGCUUCGCCUCCUCCUCUGUUUGAAAUUGCCUCGUAUCUUUCGCAGGCGGCAUCCGGGCCCAGCAUUCACGGCCCCAUGACGAUCUCCUCACCCGAGCCUGCUCCUUCACGGGAGAACUCUGCCGCUAGCGAGUCCAGCGAUGAUCAGCCGUACUCCAAACUCAUCUAUGAGGCACUGGUAUCUGCAGAAAACAAGAAGCUGCCUCUUCAGGGUAUUUACAAUUGGUUCGAAAAGCACACCGCGAAGAGUAAAGACCCGUCCUCAAAGGGCUGGCAGAACAGUAUCCGCCACAAUCUUUCCAUGAAUGCAGGAUUUGAAGCCAUCAAGGAAGAAGCAGCACCGGGUAAGAAAGCAGUCAACUUCUGGCGGCUGACGCAGGAAGCACUGGAGCAAGGCGGCGUCCAUUCGACCACUCGCUACAGAAAGGCGAACCACAAGCGACACAAGAGCUCUAGUCCUCCUGCCCUUCCUCAGCGGCAUCAUCAUUCAGGGUCGAAGGCAGGAGCUAAGGCCAGCAGAAGCAGCGCAGCGAAGAUCCGCCAUUCGACCACCACCAGCACGAGUCAGGACGAGCUACUGCGAAAGGACCAAUAUCGAGCUCGGCCACCGGUUCGCCAUCUGCGCCGCCAGCUUCAGCAACAGACCCCUCACCAUGAUCACCCUUCGCCUCCCCGUCACAGUCACUAUGCACCAAUUGGUCCCUCGCCCGUCGCAAUGAUGCAAGCCCACCACACCAUGAACCCCGCAGAGACCAACAGUUCACCCGUGCGAUCAUUCGAUCCGAGCAUGGUGAUCGGCUGCGCCAGCCUGCCGAUGGACGACACCGCUCCCGUCUUCGUAGACGCCAUAGAUGUUGGGACGGGCUGCCUGGCCUUUGAUGAUCCGGCCUAUCCAAGCUGGAUUGGGCUGCAGUACUAUUCCAGUAACGGGCUCGCUAGAGUGCCUGACGUCUCGCACGGUCUCCCGCCCGGCAUAUACACUGUGCUGCACUAG